UAACCAGAGCGUUCAGCUAAUUUUGGAACCAGUGUGUGUGUGAGUGUAUAACAUUAUCGAAACUCCUCCACUUCAGGGAAACUCACCCUCGACUUUGCUGCUUCUACUUCUUGUACUCAGACGUCGUAAUGUCACUCGAACGUCAAGUCAGAGCCAAGUUGGCAGGCAAAAGGGAUGUCCAGCAAGAGAAGGAGGCCCAAGAAUGGAUAGAAGCUGUCCUAGGUGAGAAAUUCCCACCAGGAGAGACAUUUGAGGAUGUCCUUCGUGACGGCCAGGUCCUAUGCAAACUGAUGAACAAGAUCAGUCCUGGUAGUGUAACUAAGAUCAACAGUUCGGGCGGACAAUUCAAAAUGAUGGAAAAUAUUAACGUAUUCCAACAGGCACUUAAGAAUUAUGGUGUCGCUGAUGUGGACGUGUUCCAGACCGUUGAUCUCUGGGAGAAGAAGGACAUUUCCCAGGUCACCACUACCCUAUUUGCCCUUGGAAGGACGACAUACACACACCCCGAAUGGAAAGGACCUUAUCUGGGGCCUAAGCCCUCUGAAGAAUGCAAGAGAGACUUUACCGAGGAGCAGCUGAAGUCAGGACAAACCAUCAUCGGUCUCCAGGCCGGACAGAACAAGGGUGCCACCCAAGCCGGGCAAAACCUUGGCGCUGGACGCAAAAUUUUGCUUGGAAAGUGAGCCAACAAUUUCCCCGCCUCUUCAUGAUUACAGGAGCCGCUACACUAACAAACUCUCCUUCCCUUACACUUCCCGUUCACUGGGUGAACUUUUGUAUAUAAAAAUCUAACAAAUAAAAUUUUAUUAAAAAUAUACAGAAAAUAAACUGUCUCUGUAACAAGCUACAGCAUUAAAGUUAAUUCUUCGCCCAAAUGUAUCCGUAUAAAUCUUAUAUUUUAAUGUAUGAGACUAAAGAGAAACAACCCUUAUUGGAUUGAAGAUGAAAUUUUGAUGUAUAACAUUCUCAUUUUCAACAUACAAUGUACUUAAACCUACUAAAUCUCUUCAGAAAUUGAGGCCUCUAAUUUUGGCCCUCCAGAAAGAUCGAAAAUUUAUAUGUGUAAUUGAACUAGUCAUUAUAUUACAUGUGUGUUGAUGUCUAGAAGUAAGGUUUAUGUCAUAUCGUGAUGGUUUUAUACUUGUGUCAAAAGAAGAAAUAAAAAAAAUAUUAUUUUGAA